AUGCACUCAAAGCCAAGUUGUAGUAACAAGACGGGAAUUCUUACCGGUGACGAAGUCUAUGCUGAGUUCAACAACCCGUUCGAUGCAAGAUCUAGUACCAGAGAACUCUUCCCUUCAUUUGAGGCGGCGUUGGCUACCGAGUCGUCGCCGAAAGAGGCCAACCAAAAAGACCAAAGAAAUGCCACUUUUACUACCGGCUCGCCUUAUUGGACUAGUAAAUUUUUUGAAGAUGAAACGCAGUUUAAUGUUCUGCUGACACCUGCUCGAUCACCACGAGAAUUCACACGUUCAGCUACAGAAAAGAGGACACUCGUGCUGACACCUUUACCGCCAAUGGAGCUCUCUCAACGCUGCAAUGAGACUAUUGCGCCAUGGCAAACACCAAGAGAGGGGCAGGUUACUUUUUCUUUACGAAGACUGAAACGGUCUUCGCGACGGCGAUCGGCACAUCAGCCUAUUACAACGCCAUCUCACUCAGCUUUGCCACGACAGAUCAAAUCCAACAGACUCAACGUUGCCAAAAAAGUUAACAUUGAGUGGCAGUCACCUGACAUGAAACCACCGAAGUGGUCGGCGUCGCCUAUCAGAAUGGUGAACGCCACUCAACAGCAAUGCUCAACACCAGUCACAUCACAUUUUGGUUUAAUGGAUUCAUCACCACACGUGCUUUCAUCUCGAAAAACUUUGUAUAAGCAAAGUUCAAGACUGCGACUGUCUCUUGACCUCUCGCCCAUUGCUUUUUCAAUUCAAGAAGAGGGAAAAACCGAGUGCGAGGAUGCUGAGAGCGGCAAGAUUAUGAAUGGUACCUUACAGAUCAGCUCGAGAAAUCUUGAGUCUAGUAAGGAACGCGGUCAGAGUACAUCGAGCCCUGCUCUCAUGCUUAAACCUUCAGCAAAAAAAGUGGUAUUGCAGCCGCGGUCUGUGACAGCAUGGCAACGACAGCAAGCUUUUAUGGAAGCGAUGGAAGCAGAGGCUUGUAGUAGCGAGCCACGGAUACCUUGA